GUAAGUAGCAAAGCAGCACGUUAAAGUUCCCACCUGACCCAAAUACGCUGCUAAUUACUGAUGGAAAUUACCUUCAGCUACUAGUAAGUAUUUAAACUUCACUACCAGAGGCAGACCUUAUCAGUUCAUCCAGGCUGAAACUCCUGCUCUUAACGUAAUUCACGGCUGAAGAGAAUGGCAAAGGUUGUUGCUUGUGUCUCCAUACUGCUGGUGCUGCUGGCGACGCUCGGUGAAAGCAGUCCCAUUUUAUGCUGCACUAAAUACCAACCAAAGGCAAUCAGUCUCAAAGUACUCAAAGACUACACCAUUCAAACGAGGGAUUACUGCAAACUCGAAGCAGUAAUUUUCACGACUAUCAGGGGCAGAUACGCGUGUGGCAAUCCGAAAGACCAGUGGGUUCAGAUUGCCAUGGAGAAGCUGCUAGGACCUAGGUCAGGAGGAAGCUGGAGUAGCCUACACAGAGAAAACCGACGCCAGAGUACCUGGAGAAAACCCACGCCAGAGUACCCAGAGAAAACCGACGCCAGAAGUACCCGGAGAAAACCCACGCCAGAGUACCCAGAGACGACCCACGCAUGA